ACCAGAAUAUUUAAUUGGAACUUCAUUAAAAACCCAUAUAGCAGAUUUAGAAAGUAUCAUUUCGAAUGAAGAGUUUUCCACUACCCUAAAGAAAGAAGACAAAGUUAGACCUAUUUGGAUCCUUUUUAUUAAUGGUAGACCUGAUGAGAACCCAAAACAUAUGAAAAAUAUUAUUUAA